AUGGAUCAGGAUAUCCUGGAUGAGUUGUCGCCAUCCGAUCGUAGUGACGGUCAGCGGCUUCGUCGACAUCUGCAAUUCUUCUUUAUGGAUCCGAUGAUGAAAUGGCGUGUGCGGCAUCAAUUCCCGUUCAAAUUGGCACUUCAAAUUCUCAAAAUAAUUUUUAUAACUAUACAGCUAGUACUGUUUGCGGAGCUGCGUAUGUCACAUAUUGAUUUUAUGGAUGAUACGAACACUGUAAUGAGGCAUAAAUUCCUGAAAAACUGGAAUGAUGAUCGUGAUGCACUGGUCUAUCCACCAUCGUCGGGCCGCUAUUCGGUGUACACCGGUGCCGAUAUUGUUGAUCAGUUUGCUUUCGUGGUCGUAGCCGUAAGCUUUUAA